AAUGUCCAACUUUCACUGACGACUCGUUAGGUCCGCCGCCGAGGUUUCGAAUCAUUCACAGUCAUUCCGCGACGUUGGUACACCGCGGCAGGGUCGGUGAAUUCCUCCAUCGGAUACGUUCUCCUCGAUACACAGUGUAAUUAUUCGUUGUUAUUAAACUGUUUAAUAAAGAAUUAAAAUUUGGCACGCGGUAUUCAAUUCCAGUUUCGAACGUUAAAGUUCCGCAAUAGUGUCAGUGGUUUAUUAACGUGGAUCUCGUACACAGUGUUUUUAAUGAUCGAUCUGUUACAGAAAUCUGACGAACGUCGUUGAAGGAAUUCUAUAAGUAGAAUAAUUGUAAUAAAUUUUUGACGAAACGUAGUGCAGGUUGUAAAUGGAUUAUUUUAAUUCUAUUCGAAGUGAAUUGGUUUCGAUCGUCGCGCGGUGUUUUCUUGAAUGGCGUUCGGAACGGUUCGACGAAAGUGGAAGUGAACAGAGAGCGAAAGUUUCGCUGUAACGUUCUCCACGUUGGAAGUCGACGCUCUCCGCUCCGGCUGGCGCAUCGUAGAUGCUUCUCACGAGUGUAGCCGAGUAAAGUUCAAACUGCGGAUCCAGUCCUGGCCUUGCGCUCCAAACGAUCCGGUCUCGGAAUCGACGACGCCGCGAGCUAGUUAGACCCGCAGUGAAUCGAGGAUCGCCGAUCGGUACGGACGCGCGACAUCGUUCUCACGUGUUUCGAGGUCGACACGCGCCGAGGACACUGACAAAGAGUCAUGGUCAUGGACACCAGCACGGUGCGGCUCGUGAUAUUCCUCGGGAUGUUCCUCAUGUUCGUCGGCGAUUAUACUUAUGUGAUCACCACGAUCUUCGGCCAAUCGGUCAAUCAGAAUCACACGGAACCAAUAAAGAGUCCGGUGGAUGCUGGAAGCAAGCUUUCCAGUGACGGGACAGCCUUGGCGAAGAAGGACGCGGAGAACGUGAUUUCGCGACGCGCCAAGAUAAUGUCGACGAUCAAGACCGCUUGUCUGCCCAAGCUGAUAUGCGAACUGACCUCGUCCGUUCAUCAGGACCAACUCAGCGAGAUGGAACGAUCUUUGCUAAAUCUAAUCAGGGACACGAGUCUGAGCACCAUGGCGGAAGUGCCCUCGAGGUACCACUUCGCCGCCCAUAUGGGUCAACUGAUAUCCGGGCUGGAAGGUCAGGGAUGUCACAACUUUUACCCAACCUGUCCGCUGCCCGGGUCCAGCGUCUUGAAUAUGAUGAAGAAAAUUCGACUGCGCUGACCGAGGACGAAGGUCCAACACGACGACGACGACGACGACGUGGCUUGUGAUAUCGCUGACAAUUUUUGUAUCUUGUAAUCCUAAGAACGUUUGUCUUGCGUUUAGAUUAAGAAACGGUCAUUAUACUCUACUCUGACGAACGCACGUCCGUUGGAUUAAUAAUUAUGUACGAUUACGUUUAAGGAAAUCGAAUAGUAUUUAACGCGUACCAGGAAACCCGUUUGUUCGUCAGAAUAAACGUGCUACGAUUAUUUAUUUUCGCAUGGACGAAAUUCAGCGAUUCUACACGAGGUGUAGAUCAUAAAUUCUUAUCGCAUAUUUGAAAUAAACGUUUGUCGAAUGAA